CCAUCAGAGCCGGGAUCGCCCCAUGCUGCCCCAAGACCUUGGUGAGAGGCUGCAGUCUGAGUUCUGCUGGGACCCCUCAGCCCGGAUUCCUCUGCGUGCUGAUAACUCGAGGGUUUGGUUAUUUUGAAUUAGGCGCAGUUUUCUAUUGGAAAGCAUCCGUGUCCUUUGGGCUCUGAAACGCGAUUUUGCGUUUAUCUCGCACACAAUCUGACUUAGCUGGGACUGCCUGAGGGGCUGCCACCGUAUCUCAGCAGCAGUUCUGCUCUCCGUGGCUUCGUUUCCUCCCUCUGGUAGCUGCAGUUGCUGAAGAAGUCGCUUCGCCUUCCUGUUUUGGGGCGUUCAGGAGUUAACGUGGAAACGGCGCUUCGGGUCUGGGGCUGUAGGUGGGGUGGAGGAUCAGCCCGGCUGAGGUCGCAUUCAGGGAUGGAAUCGGUGUAGAAGGCAGCGUUAAACGGCUUCACCUCCGGGUGCGAGAAGUGCCGCACUGCUCUGUUUCCAUGGGUUCCGAGCGCUGCUGAGAUUCACAGAGCAGCAUGGAUCUCAGCAAUCCCCAGGAGCAGCCCAAGGCCGCAGAGGGACAGGAGGUUCUGGAGGAGUGCGACCUGAGCAAAGGGCAGGAGGUGGAGGGCACGGAUAAUGCAGAGGAGCUGAAGGAGCACAGUCAGUCCAAUGGAGAAGCAGGAGAUGAUGUUAAAGUGAAAAGCGAAUACGGUGACAGAGAGGAGAGUGCUUUAAAUGCUGAGCGCAUGGAAAACCCGGAAGAAUCCGAAAUACCUUACAGCUACCCCAGAGAAUACAAUGAAUAUGAAGGCAUUAAGCUGGAAAGGCACCUGGGCUCCUAUGACAACGCCAGGCCAGCGAGUGGCAAGAUGACCUGCGAUAUCUGUGGCUUAGCCUGCAUCAGCCUCAAUGUCUUGAUGGUUCAUAAACGUAGCCACACCGGUGAGCGGCCAUUCCAGUGUAAUCAGUGCGGAGCUUCCUUUACUCAGAAGGGUAACCUCCUCCGCCACAUUAAGCUACAUACAGGGGAAAAACCUUUUAAAUGUCAUCUUUGCAGUUAUGCCUGCCAGAGGAGGGAUGCGCUAACGGGUCACUUAAGGACACAUUCUGUGGAGAAGCCCUACAAGUGUGAGUUCUGUGGCCGGAGCUACAAGCAGAGGAGCUCUCUGGAGGAGCACAAGGAGCGGUGCCGCACGUACCUGCAGGGCAGCGGCGGCUGUGAGCCGGCCAACGUGGAGGCAAGGCACAUCAAGGCCGAGAUGGGGAGCGAGAGAGCCCUGGUGCUGGACAGGCUGGCGAGCAACGUGGCGAAGCGAAAAAGCUCCAUGCCCCAGAAAUUCGUUGGUGAGAAGCGGCACAGCUUUGACGUCAAUUACAACUCAUCCUUCGCCUACGAGAAGGAAGGCGACAUCGUGCAGGGCCGCAUGAUGGACCAGGCCAUCAACAACGCCAUCUCCUUCCUGGGGGCCGAAGCCCUGCGCCCUUUGGUGCAGACCCCCCCGGCUCCCACCCCCGAGAUGGUCCCGGUCAUCAGCACGCUGUACCCCAUCGCUCUGCCCCGUGCCGACGUCCCCAAUGGCAGCGACGACAAGAGCCACGUCCCGCUGCGGGAGCGCGCCUUGUCCCCCAACAACAGCGGCCACGACUCCACGGACACGGACAGCAACCACGAGGAGCGGCCCAACCCCCCCUUCCCGCAGGGUCCGGUGCUCCCCGUGCCCCGCAACGGCCUGCCGGCCCUGAAGGAUUUCCCCCGGCCCUACGACAUCAUCAAACCGCCGGCCGUGUGCCCGCGCGACGCCUUCAAGGUCAUCAACAAGGACGGGGAGGCCAUCGGCGCCUACCGCUGCGACCACUGCCGGGUGCUGUUCUUGGAUUACGUGAUGUUCACCAUCCACAUGGGCUGCCACGGCUUCCGCGACCCCUUCGAGUGCAACGUCUGCGGGUACCGCAGCCACGACCGCUACGAGUUCUCCUCGCACAUCGCGCGCGGGGAGCAUCGCGUGCUGCUCAAAUAAACGGCAUCGGCACGAGGGAACCCGCCUGGCUUCACAGAGCUCAAACCAACACCACCUCCUGCGUUUUCCUACGCCGGUUUUGAGUGCCAGAAGGCGACGACGCCUUUUAUGUUUUCUAUUAUUUUUUUAACAAGAUUAUUCAGUGUUUUGUAGCAUCCGUGCCCAGCUGCUGUGCCGAUGCGGUGCGAUGCGUACCACAGGCACAGGCUGGCUUUUGUAUGAACCUGAUGGAAAUUAAGAGCCUUUUAAGGCGUUUUUUAUUUUUCUAACGUGCAUUUGUUUUCAUGGUGUAUGCUUUAACGGCGUGAAAGGCUUUCGUUCCCCACUGCCAGCUGCUCUGCUUGGUCAGAUGUAUAGGAAGAACUCGUUCUCAUCACCAAAACACAGAAAACUUCGCCUGGGAGGGAUUAUUCAUUCAUUUUUAGAGGUUUUCCCCAAGUCUGAUGCACACAUGGUCCCAUCCCAUCCCCCUCAUUUCUCACCACUCUGCCUCUUUGAAGCCUCUCCCCACGUGCACCUCGCCCGGAGCAAAAGGAGCAGCAAAACCCAAUUGUGGGGCUGGGGUUUGUCAGCGAUGCAUGUACUCCGGAUACCCGCUUGGCUCUCAACGUGCCAGCUGGGGGAAAUCCCCAUUUCCGUGGAUGGGAAACCCUGAUGCACACCAUGAAGGAGGACAAAGCUGCGCUGGAGCUCAUGGCCACACCGUGCCCUCUGUUUCCCCGUGGCCACCAAACACAGAGCCACCCAUCCCACAGCGGUACUGGCAGAUCUCAGCACACGUGUGUGGGGCGUGCAGCUCCGUCCGCUCGGACGUGGGGAUCUCCCUGGGGCUGAAAGGCGCCGCUUUGCAACGCGGGCAUCGGUGAUGACUUUGAAGCCGGUUUGUAAGAUGAUUCUUUUCAUCUGAUCGCUGCUCUGCAGCUGUCUAUUAGUCAUGGUGCGGGAGAUUGGUGUGAUAACGGUUCUGCUGAGUGCGGUUAUUCCUGGCAAAGUGUUUCUGUAGGAGCAGGAUGUGUUCCCGUGGACUUUUCACGUCCCCUACGCUGCUCCAUGCCAACACCGCUCUGGUCUUUGGCAGUGUGAUAGCUGUGAUGGCCCCUCUGCAAAGGGGGGGGGUCGGGGUGCAGAGCUCCAGAUGGAGUGUGAAGGGUCAGAAAUGCCCAAUUUCAUUCUGCCUUUGGCCUUGCUCUGUUCCCUUGGGUGCCGCCUCCCUGAAGCUCAAGGUGCAAAGUGGAAAUUAUUCAUUUUUUCCCCACUAAUCACGGAAUCGUUACGGCUGGAAAAGACCUCGAAGAUCAUUAAGUCCAACCAAGGCCACGUCCCAGGAAGGACGGAUCGAUCAGCUGCUGUGCAGAGCGCUGCAGGAGUGCGAGGUCCUGCUUAUCCACAGGGGUGAGGAAGGAGAACUGGUUUUGAAGCCUUGUGCUUGGGAAGGCUCAGAGCAGUCCCCGUUUUGGCCAGUUCUCUGCUCAGCACCCGUUCCUUCAUGCUGCUCCAUGGGGACACAGCGGUUCCAUGCACACCAGUCAGCAAAAAGCAUCUCUCCACUUUUCACGGGGAGCAGCAUGGAUUGCGGAGCGUGUAUCACACUGCUUUCCUUCUCACAUCACCACUGAAUCCAGGAAAACACCUCAGUUGCCCUUCAUUCCCCCCCAGGCAGGACCAGAAGCAGCCCACGGCCUCAGGAGCUCAGCAGGAGCAGCGCUGUGGGUUCUGUGGGGCUCAGGAGGAGCCCAAAGGCGCCGUUUCCCGCUGUGGCACCGUCGUGUUUUCGUGCUCUCGGCACAAGGCGCUCGUUUCGGUUCAGCCCGCGCUGUCUGGCGUUAAUGAGUGGUUGCUCGUUGCUGUUGAACAAUGACAUAAUUGUGGAACUUCGACCCAGUCAUCUAUUAAAAAUAAUGUGUAUUUCCA